ACAAGAAAUAAGGGGAAGGGGGCAAAGAGAAAGCAAACAGUAGCUUGAAUUAGCAGGAGCAAGGAAAGGGAAGCAGAAACCAUUUGCAUCUGUAUCCUGCCUUUCGGCCCUCCUCAGAGGCAUGGAGGAACCAGACUAGAAAGCACAGCAGGUAUGUAAGGUAGUGGGGCGAGGACACCGAAGGCAGAGUCGAAGGGAAGUAACUUCUCCCGGGGGCUGCAACGUGCAUUUCCAAUUGCUGCCGGCCGGGGAGAAGGCAGCCAACGACCCACAACAGGACAACUACUAACUCCGUCCGUCCCUUUAGUGGGGCCGCUGAGCCUGACGCAGCAGGCGGGCGAAUGCUUGGAGGGCGGCCGGCCCAAGCCUCCUCCUCCUCCUCCUCCCCCGGUGGUUCCCCUUCCCCUUGGGGGGAAGGAGGAGGGGGCGGAGGAGGAGGAGGAGCAGGGGGGCGAGAGAGGCAGAGCUUCUGUCACGUGACGCCCAGGGCGCCUCUCAGGAAAACGGCCUCUCAAGAUGGCGGCGGCCGGCCCUCCUGCCGCUCGAUCCUCUACGGCUCCCCGGGUGGGGGCCUGCGGCGGCAAGUGAGGUUCUCCGAGGACGUGCUGGAGCACUCCGGGGAAGGGAGCGCCCCGCGGCGGUACAUGGCAGCUACGCCGGUAAGACAGCAGAGGCGGCGAGGCAGGACGAGUGACCCGGAGGAGGAAGCGGAGGAGGAGGCGGCGGCGGCAGCAGCAGCGAAAGAAGUGGGGCUGAAUGAGGAAGCCCCUCGCCCGUCGCCUUACAGGCUGCGCUCUGCCCAGCGAGGUCCCCCAACGCCCUACUCCAGGAUGACGGAGAGCGCAGCAGAGGAGCGGCCGGGGUACUACUCGGGCGGCUCUACGGAAGAUUUAGAAGAUGACCGGUCUCCAACCUACUCCAGCAGCAAAACAAUCAAACACUCAAAUGGCAGAACAGGGCAUACGAACAACUUUGGAAUUCCGGAUGACUCCAAGCUUUUGCGACCAAGUAUUAAAAUGUCCAAGACAGCAUAUUCUUAUGACCAAGCCAGAGACUCUACAUGGGAUAAAUCAGGGGAAGCCCCUGAAGAAGAGGAGAGUGAGAGCAAACUUGAAAGUAGACAUAUGGCUUAUUUUCAGACAACUAACAGUUUCCAUUCAAAGACAGAUUCACAAUCUUCUGUUAAGACGCAGCAAAAUUUUGACCAGAAGACACCCUUAAGGAACAGAAAACAUGGAACAGAAUACUACAUGGAAGAGAAUACUUAUGAAACUAAGCCUGGCAUCCAAGCCCAUAUCCCAAAUCAGCAUCCACAGGUUCUUCCUAAAAAACCUAGUCAGCAGUCUGGUGGGGGCCGCUUGAUUCUGUGGCUUCUUGUAUUUGCAGUAGCUUGCAUUGCUGCUGGUGUUGGAUGGUAUAUGCUUCAGUAUCAACAAUUCCCAAAGUAUGAGAUGGUGAAUAAAGCCCUGCACACACUUCGGAACCAGAUGAGAGAGCUCAAAAAUAGCUACCCAGGUCAGGACAAAAGGCUGUGGAAUAGAAUCCAAACUAUCUUUGAGAAACGACUCAACUCCUCUCAACCCCAUUUGGAGCCUGCCAUUUUAUUGCUCACUGCUGCAAAAGAAGCUGAAGAUGCCCUAAAGUGUCUAAGCAAUGAGAUUGCUGAUGCCUUCGCAUCCUCUCAGAGCACUGCCACAAUCAGAAUUGAUGGAGCUGGCAAAGCCAGUCUAGACAGCGAUGUUGCCAAGCUCGCUGUUGAUGACGAACUGAGUUCUGGAUUCAGGGGAGGCAAGAAGGCAGCAGUAAUACAUCGGUUUGACAUGCUGCCUGCAGGUUCCACCUUGAUUUUUUAUAAGUAUUGUGACCAUGAAAACGCAGCAUUUAAGGAUGUGGCUGUACUCUUAACUGUUCUCCUGGAUGAGGAAUCAUUGGAAAAGAGCCUCGGCCUGUUGGAAGUUGAGGAGAAAGUGAGGGAUUUUCUGUGGUCUAAGUUUACCAACUCAAACACACCAAAAUCCUAUAACCACAUGGACAGAGACAAACUGAGUGGGCUGUGGAGCCGCAUAUCCCAUCUGGUCUUGCCUGUAUGGCCUGAAAACACCCUCCCUCGAGAGAACUGCUUGCAGAUUAACUAUCAUCAGUAAUUCAAAAGUGACAUCAUGCCCAAGAGAAACAGAGGAUCUUUCUCAGGUUGAAACAUAUUAUGUAUGGUAACUAUUCAAUAAAAUGCAUGAUGUUUGAAGUUGAAAUCCUAUAAAUUUAAAAUGUGUUUAUUUUUGCAAGCAUAUUAAUAAAUUAUAUAUUAUGUAUAA